GAUGUGUGUGCCAACUAUCCGCACAUUUGCAACUUAACGAUAUCAACAUGCAUCAGUACUCCAGGCUCGUACGUGUGUUCAUGCGUGACUGGCUACAGGAAUCCAAUCGAUAAUUAUACCUUUUGCAUAGAUAUCAACGAGUGCUCAGAAAAUGAAACCAGUUGCAACACUCCAUCUGAAAUCUGCGUCAACACAGUUGGUUCGUUUGUUUGCCAAUGUUCAGCCGGCUACCAAAGAGUGAACAAUGUUUGCUCAGAUAUUAAUGAAUGCUUGGUGACAUCAAACGUGUGUGACAAUGAAACAUCCACAUGCAUCAACCAACUUGGAUCGUUCGGCUGCACCUGCAAGAAUGGCUUCUAUAAUAAAAGUCCAUGGAUUUGUGAAGGUUGGUCGUGUUAA